ACAUUCCUGUCGUGCAUUUUUUAGAUUUGCACCAUAAGGAAUGUACACAGCAGCAACUGAAACAAUUCUGUGAGCAGAUGAUAUGGUUACCAAAGAAAACAUGAUGACAUCUGAUCACUGUACGUUUUUGUCAAACCAGUGCCUGUCGGCCCACAAGAGCUACCGACUGGAACCGCGCUCUGAGCCCAUGUGUGGCUCUGAUGAGCCUCCUCUCCCAGGACAGGCCAUGGAGGAAUGCAGCGCGUCCAGCAGCGAGCAGCCUCAGUACUACACACCGCUGUCCACCAAGCUGGAGGCUCAGCUCACGUCUCCGGGGCUGGACGCAUACGUCAAACAGUGUGCCGGUCCGGAGACCCCCAUGUGUCGUAUCUGUCACGACAGCGGGGCCCAGGAGGACCUGCUGUCGCCCUGUGACUGUUCCGGGAGCUUGGCCCCCAUCCACCGCAGCUGUCUGGAGCACUGGCUGUCUGCCUCAGGAACCAGCUUCUGUGAGCUCUGCCACUUCCAGUUCACUGUGCAGAGGAAGUCCAGGCCACUGCUCGAGUGGCUGCAGAACCCGGGUCUCCGUCAGGAAAAGCGCACCCUGUUUGGCGACAUGGUGUGUUUCCUGCUCAUCACCCCACUGGCCACCAUCUCCGGCUGGCUCUGCCUUCGCGGCGCCAUAGAUCACCUUCACUUCUCCAGCCGGCUGGAGGCCGUGGGACUCAUCACGCUGACCGUUGCCCUCUUUACCAUUUACCUCUUCUGGACCCUGGUGUCUCUCAGGUAUCACUGUCGACUGUACAGUGAGUGGAGACGGUCCAAUCAGAGAGUGGUCCUCCUCCCCCGGUCACACAGUGAAGCGUCCGCAGCGCCGCCCUCCUCUCAGGGCUCACAGCGAGGGAAGCAGCCGGCCACAGACUCGGUGGUCUGAGACGGGCUCUCAUCAGGACACGGACGCUCUCUGCACUUUAUAGCAGCGCUCUGAGAUGCUCUGCCAGAGCCGACGUCACAUGUGUGAAUGGCCGCGAGUAAGAAGCACUCAAUCCUCCAAACUCAUGGGGAAACUCGUAAAGGACCUGUGCACAAAAUAACAAUAGGCUGCAGUGUUUUGGACAAUCAAACGACAGGUGGUGAAACACUGAGUGCAACUUGCAGGAACAGCACCGUACCCAUGAUGAAGACGUCAUGGCUCUCGUAUUGCCAUAAAGGAACAUUUUUGGGAAAUGGUCCGGUUUCCCAUGUCGGUGAGAAGUGGAAUAUCAGUUUCCCAAAAUGUCAGACCGUAUAGGCAGCCACUGGAAACAAGAAGGGACGGAGUGGUGCUGUAUUGCAGCAGCUACUAAAGAUGGACGAGGAGUUUGAUGUGAACUUAGUCACCGGUUCUAAUCUGUGAGGCUACUGAAGGCUACUGAAGCUGCUCCACAUUCAUGCACAGUCGGUCUGAUGGACGGUUUUGGCUCUUAGGAUUGACACACUUAAACCAAAGGUUAUUUUUUAUUUGAAACGUUUAGUUGUUGGUCUGUUUCAUGUGUGUGUGUGUGUGUGUGUGUGUGUGUGUGAUGCAAUAAAAUACAGUGUACAGUUGAGCUGGUGUGGUCCAUGUAUGGUUAUCUGACAUGAAUCUAUAAUCAUUCAUAUAUUAGCUCUCCACACAAUAGAUUUUCCAGUCCACAGUACAUAUUACAAAGCCUGGCAUUUUAUUGAGCAAAUAGGUCUUCAUGUAGAGUAAUAAUCUUAAUUAUAUUCAUAUGAAAUACUUUGAGACGCUUUACACAACGAGUUGAAUAAAAGAUUCAGGAGAAGGCGUCCUACAUGAAGUGUAUUUGAUUUGAUGAAAUGUACGCAGGACAAAAUCAAUUUCAACUUCAACUAAUAAUUCUUAAAAAGGGGACCAUGCAGCUUUGGAACUAAGAAAUAACAUUCUUCCUCCACAAAAGAAAAGAUUAAUUCAUAAACAUUAAUACUCCAUCGUCCAAGUCAGCAAACUCACCUCAUGUGGUCUGGUGAGACCUUAUUGAAGUUAAUAUUGCUGCAGGAAUGACAUCACUGAGUCAGUUUGUGGUGGUGCAAUAAUCUAAGGACAUUUACUCAAUGUAUAUUUACACCCCAAGUAUACAUUUGAGGUACUUAUUUGACUGUGUAUGCUACUUUAUACCUCUACGCCACUCAUUCUUGUCUUAAUGUUAGUGAUGGCAUCUUUACUCUGGUCACCUGUAGUGUCUCACGUAUAAAACACGUUUUGAAUCAAACACCAUGUACAUACUCUUUUCUACAUUAAGAACCAAUUGACUUCCUCAUUUAAGAUCCUAUCGGCUCUCCACCUGCCGACUUGUGUUCCUCUUUAUGCAUUACAAUUCAAAAAUAACAGCACUGUACUGGUAAAAGUGGAAAACUGGAGGUUGUAAAUAGUUUCCCUGAAACACUCCACUCAUUACUGAUUCAAAUAACAGAACUCGGACUACACUUAAUGUUCUGGUUAAAUAGACUUUACACAGCGUAUUGCAGAGGGCAAUGCGGACACGUGCUGACCUCUCGGCGCUGGUUGCUACACGUUACAUUAAAUACGAGGCUAAUCUAAACUGCCUGAUUUCAAGUUAAUUAUGGGGCAACAUAUUUAUAGAUAUAGAUGACAAUUAUAUCAUUAAAGACUUGUUUGUCGCAAAAUGUUCUAUUCAAAUAUGUAAAGAUGUUGAGCAAUGUGAAACUUUCCUGUUCGGCAGGCUAUCAAGAUAAUUAAUAUCAGUUUAUAAUAUUUUUGUUUAGUGCGAUACCUGCGGCUCUUUCGCUCUGUCAAUUACUAUUUUGAAAACUGAAUAUAAAAUAUGGAGUGUAAACAUGGAUUUUAAAUGAGUCACAUGGAAGCUUCACAUGAAAUUGAUCCCAUAAUUCACUGCAGCUCCAUGUGGGCAGUGAGGAGCUAUCUGUAACCGUUUAUUUUUUCAGAUUAGCUAAACCCGUGUGAGAAGCAAAAAUAAACGGUUCACUUAGAACCCCAUUCUUAAGGAUCCUGUGCCGUGUUCUCCAUAGAACGUUACAUUGAUGCAUGAAACAAGAAACACAAGUACAAGAAAACUUGUUUAAUCAUUCAACGAUGAUUACAGCCAUAGCAUGCAUAGUAACACACCAACACACAAAAAGUACUUCAAACACUUCAAAUAUCAAAAGUAAAGAAUACAAUCAACACUUCUCCAUUAGUGGCGAGUCAGUGGAGUGAACACACAGCUGGGAGUAGAAUAUCAGUUGGUGUAUAAUUAUCUUAUACAUUAAAGAAGAGAACGCAACAACUGCUAACAAACUCAAACCGCCUCUUCUGAAUACAAUCAAACAACCUUUUCUUUUUUCUAAAGAUACCAGAAGAAUGUCAAAUAGUUUGUUCUCAUUUUGUCUCGACACUGCUUAUUCUGGCCACUUUUAAAAUCACUAUUUUUGUAAAUAUUAGUGUUUUAGUCAGCACCUGUCCUAAUCGAGUCGCCAACAUCCUGUGGCUUUUCUUGUAGCAUCAAUAACAACAUACAAAAUAAAACAACUAAAUUAAAAUCCAUUAAAAAAACCAAACAAAAAUAAUCACA